AUGAAUGGGGAUGUCAUCGUGCAUUAUGGCGAAGUCUUUUGCCGCAUCCCUCGCUGCGAGUACAGCCGCAUUCCGCUUUCCAGUACCGACUCCCUCCGCUCUCACAUCCAGAAGCAUGGUGUUAUGGUAGCCCGAAAUCGCCCGGGCCGUAUCAGCCAGGGCAGCCAGGAUGCCGUAGUGGUGUGGUUCCAGGCAUUAUUUUCUCGCGAGAAACAACAUAAUGUUGAUAAGGACCAACAUGACAAGGAUCAGUAG